AUGCGCAAGCAACAACAAGAAUCUAAUGAUGGCCAAAAGCAAAAUUCGGAGAAUGGAGAGAUAAUAAUAUGGUCUGCGGAGGAUUUUCAGGAAUUUGAAGAUGUUGAAAAGAGGUUUGAGUUAGUCUGGAAAGAAGAUGCGUUAAGAAAUAAGAGAGUCUACUAUGAUUCUACGUCAAGAGCAACUCAAUGGCGUAAACGAAAAGCAGAAGAAGAAUUAAAAAGACAUGCACAUUCAUUUGCAAAAAUUGAUACCUUUUUUCAACCAUUAACAUUAAUAUCAUCACCGGCCUUGGUAUCAACAUCAGAAUUUACAUCUCCAUUACCAUCGUCUUUCUUUUCUGACUUACAAGCAUGUUUAGAAGAUCUGAGUAAUCGUUGCAAAAUUCUUAAAUCAAACAAUUCUUAUGACACAUAUGAAUAUAUACAACUUUUAAGUUUACAUCAAUAUUAUCAGUUGUGUUUGAAUGGGAUGGGGAAGAUGAAUGCAAGUUUGCAGGUUGCAAAAGAUUUUUGGGGAAAGGGUGACUACAUGUCACGUUGUAUUAGAACUUGGGGUAAUUAUUUUUUGCUUAAUGGUAAGCUUCCUGUUUAUCAACAGGGAAAACAUACAAAAAUUGAGUGUUUGCUUGAUAGUGAAGAAUUUGUUAAUCAAUGUCAAAAAUGGUUACGGCAGCAAAAGCCAGAAUUCCGUCUUUCUAAAGAAUUAAAAAAUUACAUUGAAGAAACAGUCUUUCCUAAGAUGACUGGAUACAUAAAAAAAGAUACAAUUUCAGAAGAAACUUGUCGAAAAUAUAUGCACAUAUGGGGAUAUAAAUAUGAUGAAAAAAGAAAGGAUGUAUUUUAUGAUGGACAUGAAUGCCCAGAUGUUGUUCAGUAUAGGAAAGAAUGGUUAAAGAGAAUGUUUAAUUAUAAACAGCUUAUGAAAGAUUAUAAUGGUGAGAUGUUGGAUGAAAUUAUUGAACCACAACUUCAGCCUGAUGAGAAAGAACAUGUCAUAAUUACACAUGAUGAGAGCCAUUUUUAUGCCAAUGAAGGGCAGAAGAAAUUAUAG